GCGAGCAACCGUUUAGAGUCAGCAUGUCGCCGGUACAGUUUAAUAUCUCAGCAGAAGUUUGAGGAAACACCGCAUAUUAUUCUGCUAUUUCAGUUGACAAAAUAAAUAAUUCGUUUAGGAUUUUUCCUGUCGCCAUCAAGAAGCAGUUACUGGAAAAUGUUCGUGGCGAAAAGUAUCGCAGCAGAUCAUAAAGAUCUCAUUCACGAUGUUUCUUAUGACUUCCAUGGUCGGAGGAUGGCGACCUGCUCCAGUGAUCAGAGUGUCAAGGUCUGGGAUAAAGGUGACAAUGGAGAAUGGCACUGCACUGCCAGCUGGAAGACCCACAGUGGUUCUGUGUGGAGAGUGACAUGGGCGCACCCUGAGUUCGGUCAAGUGUUGGCAUCAUGUUCGUUUGAUCGCACUGCGGCUGUAUGGGAGGAGAUAGUCGGCGAAUCCAAUGACAAACAACGCGGUCAAAGUCACUGGAUCAAGAGAACCACACUGGUGGACAGUCGAACAUCAGUAACUGAUGUGAAGUUUGCACCCAAGCACAUGGGUCUGAUGCUGACCACUUGCUCUGCAGAUGGGGUGGUGCGCAUCUACGAGGCCCCUGAUGUGAUGAACCUCAGUCAGUGGUCUCUACAGCAUGAGAUCUCCUGCAAGCUCUCCUGCUCCUGCAUCUCCUGGAACCCGUCCAGUUCCCGAGCUCAUCCUCCAAUGAUAGCUGUGGGCAGUGAUGACAGUAACGUGACAUACAGUGGCAAAGUACAAAUCUAUGAGUAUAAUGAAAAUACCAGGAAGUACGCCAAAGCUGAGACACUGAUGACUGUGACGGAUCCAGUGCAUGACAUCACCUUUGCUCCUAAUCUCGGGAGAUCUUUCCAUGUGUUGGCGAUAGCGACCAAAGACGUCCGCAUUUUCAAGCUAGUACCGCUUAGGCGAGAGAGUGCCACCAGCUCUGGUCCUACUAAGUUUGAGGUGCAGGUGAUGGCUCAGUUUGACAGUCACAGCUCUCAGGUGUGGCGAGUGAGCUGGAACAUCACCAGCACUCUGCUGGCCUCCUCUGGAGAUGAUGGCUGCGUGCGACUCUGGAAAGCUAAUUACAUGGAUAACUGGAAGUGUACAGGGAUCCUGAGAGGAGAUGGGAGUCCAGUGAACGGAUCUUCAGGACACACUUCUGCUCUUGGCGCUGUGGGCGUCUCUGGAGCUGCACAGAUGGUUGUUGUGGCGGCUUCUGCUGGAAGAAAAAAAGCUCAGAUGAUGCCAGGCUAAUGGCAUUAAAUGCUGAUUGGCUGCUUGCUGCAUGCACAGGAUUGGACAGAGAACUCAUUGACCCUUUUCCCUGCACUGUGUUACACCUGUACACUCUUCCAACUACUAAUCCAGCAGAAGUGUGUGAUGACGCCUGGAUCUGUUGUGUGACUGUUAGAGCAACUGUGCCUGUUGUGUGUUCUGUUCAGUGGCACUUAACUAAUGUUGAAGUUUGUGCUUUUUGGACAAAUUACACUAACCACGAUUCGCCUCAAUAUUGACAUGCUUAUUAAAUUUGUGAUGUGAUAUAAUAUUAUUAUAUUGUUUUUUUUUGUUUUUUUACUCAAUUGAACUUUAGGUUAUUGUUCAAAACUUAAAUGAAUUUGCCAUGUUUGCAUCAAGAAAUCACUUCUAACUGACAGAUGUCAUGAUAGAAAACAGCCAUAGUGACCAUAAGACCAGUUUGUUGGUAGGAGUCAGACCAUAUUUGCAAUUUUUUGGGGUGCUUGUGGAACAGCUUAAUGGGAACAAUUGCUCUCAGUGAACAGUAUAUGGGUUAAUAUCACAAUUCACCACCUAUAUUAACAUUUCACAUCUAAAGACAAAGCUUUUCAGGACAUUUUCAUGACAUCAUCCACAGAGGUGAUCUGAACCUGGCAACAUAUUUUUUAUUUCACGUAUUUAUAUACAAAGCUUUUUAAAAAAAAAAGUCUUAAUACCUCUGGGUCAAUUUGACCCGGUUCAUAUAAAAACUUUAGAGUGUUAGAAAAGUUACAAUUCUUAUUUAUAAGUACAUUUACACUCAUAAUUGCACAUAAGCAAACACAAAUGCAAACAAGAUUUUUUAUUGAUAUUAAUUUGUUUGUUAUUUUACUGUUAAUUCAGUGUUCAUUAAAAUGUUCAACAUGUUCAAAUGAGAUAUAAUAAACAAACAUCUGUUUGAAAAAUGUAGAAUAAAUGCAAAUUAAAGUUAUUAGAUUAUUUUUUCAAAUAAUUAUCAAAAGAAUUUCAAAGUAAAAUUCUUUAAAAAAACAAACAAACAAAAAAACACAAGUCUCAUAUCUGCUCCGAUCACUGCUAUAAGCCUCAAGUAGCCACAAACUCUAUAUCAGCUCUUACCUUAGGUUUUUUUUAUUUAUUUUUUUAUUUUUUAUUUAAUUAAUCCAUUUUUACUUGUCUCUCAUCUUGUCUGGGUAAAUAAUCCACUGUUAUGUCUCAAAUGUCCAGAAAAAAAUGCAGUUCAGCAAAGAAAGUAUUAAAAACAAAUAAUUUGAAUAUGUUCCUGACUAUUGAUGAUGAAGUAUUAUACAUCAUAACAAAGCUGAGGUUCUUAGAGGCCGAGAUAUUCCACAAAACAUGAGAGAAGACUGGAUUACUAUGGGUGAAGAAGUUACAAAACACAUUUGGGUGCCUCCUGCCUUUCAGAUCUGUAUAUUGUGAUGGAACAUGUAAGAGAAGAAUUUUUUUUUUUUCUAUUGAUCGCUGCCAUCUAGUGGAAUGAUCUAAGACUAGAACUAACAGCCAUUAUUACCAGCUUUUGAAAUUAAAUGGGUCAAUUUUACCCAGCAGGUUCAAAGUAGGGACUUGAUCUUUAAGACCACCCAAGGGUUAAAUAAGCAUGAUUUAAAGACAUGAGAACAACUUCCACCAUGACAUAGAAUUAAUAUAUCUUUGUUUUUCUUAUCAUUACAUUAGUGAAAACUGAGGGAGUGUGCUUAAUUGUCAUGAAAAUAAUGUCACAAUGUCAAAAAUCUAAUAGUCAUAAACUGUCGCUUAUAGUAAAUCCAGAUUUUCUUUAAGCCAAGUAUUUUUUUUUUCUUCUUUGAUUUUGGGGUGAAAUAUUAACUGGACAUGGUGACAUUUUUGGUGAGAUUAACCCAUAUUCAUAUUUUUGCUAUUUAGUGUAGGGCUAUUGUUCCUCACUGUAUAUUGUGCAGUGUAAACAAUAGAGGGAGACUGUGUUUAGUUCUGCCCAGUUCGUUUCAGACACCUGGCUCCAAAUUUGGCAUUACUAACACAUUUUCUAAUUUGUUGAUUUGGAUGCAACUGAUGCAGUGCAGAAGCCCAUUAGUCAAUAAUAAACCCAUGGAUAUGGUUCAACCAUAUCUAUCUCAGUAAAUAAAUUAUUAUCAGAAGCGUGUGCCAAUCCAAAGUCUUGAUGUAUGAAUUCAUGCGUCAUAAUCAAGGGCUGGCACCCCUAGCUGGUUGAAUGCCACAUGUUUUAUUCACGAGAUGCCAGCACCCCCUCAAGAUAGGAAGUGGGUAAAUUAAUUAUGUUUGUGAUGUACUUUAGCAAUUCAGAUUUAGAAGGAACUAAUACAACAUUUAAGAGUGUUUAUUGGUAAAAUAAAACUUGUUUUUCAGAUUG